AUGUCGCAUCAUAUGAGUAUUCUUCAAGAGGUCACCGGAGAAAGGUCUCCAGAAGCGGCUGUCCUCAAAACUGAGGCAAUCUUUAAUCAGACAGCUCCUAAAGUUGCUCUCUUCUCGUCCCGCGGUCCAAACACCAUUGCUUCUGAUAUUCUCAAGCCGGAUAUAACAGCACCAGGAGUGGAGAUCCUCGCUGCCUACCCACCUGUGGCUUCACUUAUACCACCGUAUAAAAAAGAGAAUGACACUAGACGUGCAAACUAUGCUGUCCUAGCCGGAACUUCAAUGGCUUGUCCUCACAUUGCAGGCGCGGCUGCCUACGUCAAGACGUUUUACCCUGAAUGGUCUCCUUCGAUGAUCAAAUCUGCUAUCAUGACAACCGCUUGGCCGAUGAACGCUACUGGAACUGGCUUUGCAUCGACUGAGUUUGCUUAUGGAGCUGGCCAUGUCGACCCUAUAGCUGCUAUUAAUCCUGGACUUGUCUAUGAAUCAACCAAAUCAGACUACAUCGUCUUUCUCUGCAGCAUGAACUACAAUACGACUGCCCUGAAACUCAUCGUUGGUGAAGCCAUCACUUGCAGUGGAAAAAACUUACAAAGAAACCUUAACUAUCCUUCCAUGACGGCUAAUUUAUCGGGAGCUAAUAGCUCUUUCACCGUCACUUUCAACAGCACUGUCACUAACGUCGGUGCCCCCAACUCUACAUACAAAUCAAAGGUACUUGCUGGUGGCGGGUCUAAACUUAGCGUUAAGGUCUCCCCUAGUGUUCUAUCGAUGAAGUCCGUGAACGAGAAGCAGUCUUUUACAGUGACUGUUUCAGGGAGCAAUCUCGACCCAAAUCUGCCUUCCUCUGCAAAUCUAAUCUGGUCUGAUGGAACACAUAACGUGAGAAGCCCUAUUGUUGUUUAUACUUAA